UCCGCGUAGUGCCACCAAUCAUGCAAACAGCAAACCAAAAAACAAAAAAAAUUAAAAUACUGAAAACCAAAAGUUGAAAAUGGAAGUAUUCUAGUUAACUCAAAUACUCAGUUAAUGGAUUCAAAAUGUUGAAUUUGAGCAUAAUAAUGAUUAAUGAAGCAUGGUUAAAAUAUAGAAUAAAGUUCUUAUCUCUCUCUCACUGGUAAUUAGUUCAGUAUCUCUCUCUCACUCGCUACUGCUCUUUUUCUCUCUCUCUCUCUUUUCGUUUUUCUGGAGACAGUAGUACUCCUUUACUCAUUCUCUUUUAUGUCUUCCCCACUCUGCACUUGAGCAUUACACUUUUCUCUUGAGUUUUUUCGAUUGAGCUUCUUCACCAAUCACUUCAGAUCCAGAACAGCAUCUCUUUAUUGCGCAAGGAAGGAGUAUGGUGGUUUUUUUUUUUUUUGGAGAGCUAUGAAAGGAAUAUCGGAUUUGUGAUCGGAUGAUGGUGCAGUUUGAUUAGCUUAGAAUUAAUUGAAUACUGAAGAUGGAAGAAAUACAGUCCCAAUCAGAUCAAUAUAGGUCGUCAUCAUCUUCGGCUAGCAGUCCAGCUAGUAGGGUUCCUUCCAGCAAUUUUUUCUACCUGCGGAAACCUGGUGCGUUUAGACAGCCGAUAUCGUUUGAGGAUUCUCCAGAUUGGGAGGACACAGAUAUUGAAGUUAGAGUGGAUGAAGGAGGUGACUCCAUUAAUGCAGCAACUACCCCCGCCUCUCCUUCUCUCUCAAAGCUUAAUAGUGGUUCAUUGCCAUCACCACAACUACCAGACCGAGCUGUCGUUGCAAGAAAGAUUGCAGGGGCGUCACUUGCAUGGAAAGAGUUGACUGUUACCAUUAAGGGCAAGAGGAAAUACUCUGAUAAGGUAGUGAAGAACUCAAAUGGUUACGCAUUACCAGGAACAAUGACUGUGAUCAUGGGUCCUGCAAUGUCUGGAAAAUCAACCCUCUUGAGAGCCCUUGCAGGACGGUUGCCCGAUUCGGCUAGGAUGUAUGGUGAGGUUUUCGUGAAUGGUUCAAAAUCACACUUGGAAUAUGCAUCUUAUGGAUACGUUGAGAGAGAAACCGCACUUAUUGGAUCCCUGACAGUGCGCGAGUUUCUCUACUAUUCAGCUUUGCUUCAGCUUCCUGGAUUCUUUUGGCAGAAAAGGAGUGUGGUGGAGGAUGCCAUUCUUGCUAUGUCACUGGGUGAUUAUGCAGAUAAACUCAUCGGUGGUCACUGCUAUACGAAGGGUCUUCCUCGUGGUGAAAGGAGGCGUGUCAGCAUUGCCAGAGAACUUGUAAUGAGACCCCAUGUCCUAUUUAUUGAUGAGCCCCUUUAUCAUCUUGACAGUGUCUCUGCGCUUCUUAUGAUGGUGACAUUGAAGAAACUUGCUGGCACGGGUUGCACGCUUAUAUUUACCAUAUACCAGAGCAGCACAGAAGUAUUUGGCCUUUUUGACAGAAUAUGUCUCCUUUCAAAUGGAAACACAUUAUUCUUUGGUGAAACUUUGGCUUGUUUGCAGCACUUUUCAAAUGCUGGAUUUCCUUGCCCGAUUAUGCAAAGUCCCUCUGAUCACUUUCUUCGCGCAAUAAAUACAGACUUUGACAGAAUCAUUGCAAUGUGCAAAAAUUGGCAGGAUGAUCAUGGAGAUCUCUCGUCUGUAAACAUGGAUACUGCUGUUGCAAUACGCACACUUGAAGCCACUUAUAAGUCAUCAGCAGAUGCGGCAGCUGUUGAGACUAUGAUAGUAAAGCUUACCGAGAAGGAAGGUCCGUCACUCAAAAGCAAGGGAAAAGCUAGCAAUCUCACAAGAAUAGCAGUUCUCACUUGGAGAUCGUUGUUGAUCAUGUCAAGGGAAUGGAAGUACUAUUGGUUGCGGUUGAUUCUUUACAUGCUCCUUACACUUUGUAUUGCAACUGUAUUUUCUGGAUUGGGUCAUUCCUUGUCUUCUGUUGGGACAAGAGUUGCGGCGAUAUUUGUGUUUGUGUCAUUCAACUCACUUCUAUGCAUUGCUGGAGUACCACCUCAGUUGAAAGAAAUUAAGAUAUAUUCCUGUGAAGAAUCAAAUAUGCACUCUGGGACAUUGGUUUUCUUACUUGGGCAACUUCUUUCCAGCAUUCCAUUCCUGUUUCUCAUCUCCGUUUCCUCAAGCCUGGUCUUCUACUUUCUCGUAGGGCUACGGAAUGAAUUCAGCUUGUUAAUGUAUUUUGUCCUAAAUUACUUCAUGUGCCUUAUGCUAAACGAAGGCCUAGUCCUGCUAAUUGUUUCCAUUUGGCAAGAGGUGUACUGGAGCAUCCUAACAUUGGUGUCUAUACAUGUGGUAAUGAUGCUUUCAGCUGGUUAUCUAAGAAUUCGAAGUGCUUUACCUAAGCCAGUUUGGAUGUAUCCCAUGUCCUAUGUGUCAUUUCACACUUACUCUAUUCAGGGGCUGUUGGAGAAUGAGUAUCAUGGAACCUCCUACGCAGUUGGGCAGUAACUUCCGUGUUGUCGCAAAGAUUUAUCCCCGUCUUCCAAUCAUCAACCACUAGUUUCCGAUUUGUGAAUUGGUCUGCAAGGAUUGGAAAACACAGCAGCGGUACCUCGUACCAAAUGCUUUCCAGACUCGAGUUCCAACCACAGUGAGUGAGAAACCCCCCAAUGGCAGGGUGAUUCAGAACUUGCUUCUGGGAGCACCACAGUAUGAUCAACCCGUGGUCACAUAUCUCUUCCCUGAACCCGUCAGGCAAUGGAUCAGCAUCUUCUGGGCUCACAAUGUCAUGCCGAAGUAUCUAAACAAAAAGGUACCUGGCUCAGUUUAAGACCAUUAGCUAUAGCUGCAAUAUCAGUUUUACUAACAUGGACAUAGCUUCCAAAUGAGAUGUACAAAGUUGAGCCGGGAGGCUUGUUUUCAAGCCAAUUACUGCAUUCGGACUCAUACCUCUUCUUGAUCCCAGAUCCAAUCAGGGGUCCGACAGCAAAAAAAGGCAGUUCUUGUUUUAGGGCGAUAGCUGGCUGGAGUUCUAUCUCUUGCACAUUGUUGGCAAACACAAUAUCGGCUGACUUUAUUCCUACCAUUAAUGCAUCGUAGAGAAUCCUCUCCUCUGUAGUCAUCAGGCCUUGUUGUUUGAGAUUUGACAUUAAACCCUUAGCUGGAAAGGAUUCAACACCUGGAAUGUAGUCAAUUGCAUCUUCUCUCCUGUCUGAUCAGGUCAAAGAACUACAGUACUAAGAUUCUAGUCUUACCUUCUGUGAUAAAUGUAUGUAAGAGAGAAAAAAGGAAAGAUUUUUAAUUGACAGAAUGUACCUAUGCAAUCCAAGUGACCAUUUGACCUCAAAAGAUCCAUAUGGUAGUAAAGGCUAAAAACAGUAACUGCCUGUCCAGAAAGAAACAAACAGAAGCUCAUGCUUGCUAGACUCCCUGCCCAAACUAGAAACUAUUAGCAAUAAGACAACUCACUGGAGAUGCUGAAUCGAUGAUUUCUUUAAUAGCCUCUUCGACAUGGACUGGGUAGACUUCCAUAAUGGCGGUUAUGAACUCUUCUUCAUUGUUUGACCU